ACACACUGAUCGUGACUUGAAAACCUGGUAUCCACUGCUGUGUUACGAUGUUCAGGAAUUCUGAUGGACUUUCAGCCUAUAUUGUCGUGCUCCUGAUUGUGUGUAUUGUGAUGGCAAAUACAGGCACAUCAUUCACAGAUGAUAUUUCGAAAUGCACGCAGACGACGGACGACGGUUCUAGGGUCUCAGAGACAGGUCGGGCGGACAUGGUUGCAGGCGAGUGUCCAGGGCAGGGGCCGUGUCGUGACGCUGACGCUGUUGACCCAUGCGCGGAGUCACAGUUUACGAUGGACCAAAGUCCUGGUCAACACAAAGACUCGUCUUUCGAACCUAGGAUCGAAGAAGACACCACGGUAAACAACGACGACGACAUUCAGCCAUCACUGAUUCCAAGUUUGUUUUCCAACGUACCACCGACAAUAAACUUUGUAAGACCGGAUCAAAAAGUUAAACAGUUCCCAUCGGCAAUAAAAAAUCGAUUGAAGUAUGUGGAAGGCAUGAAUGGUAUAGUUGAAAGUUACGUUGUGCGAUCAGGAUUUUCCGUCACGUCAGACACCAACAAUUAUAUAUUGCACUUUGGGAUUCCAUUUCAACCGCAGGACACGCAACUUAACAAACACAUCAGGCCACAGUCAAAGUUCAAUCACAUUCCUGCCAGUUGGCAUUUGGGGUGUAAGAAUAUGCUGGCUUGGGGCCUGGUGCGACAGCAAAGGAAAUACGGCGAGGAAGAGUACGGUUUCUUUCCCAAAACUUACCAAUUCCCCCAUGACAAGCAAGCUUUCAAGAGAGCUUGGGACGCCACUCCCGCAGGCGAGAUGUGGAUUAUUAAGCCGGCAUGUAUGUCAGGAGGACGGGGAGUUAGUAUACUGACAGACCUGAAAGAAGUCCCUAACGACGGUGUCGCGCAGAGAUACCUUCUAAACCCCUUGUUGAUAGACGGGGCUAAGAUGGACCUAAGGAUAUACGUGUUAGUGGGAAGUAUAGACCCACUUAGGGUGUACAUCUUCCCUGAGGGUGAAGUCAGAAUAGCCAUGGAGAAGUACUCAAUGGACAAUUUCGACAGGAGUGACGUACAUUUAACUAACUUUGCCGUCAAUAAGCUAAAUGCGGAAUUCACACAAGACAAGCUAUUUGAUAUCAGGCGAACACUUACGUGGUUUUGGCACCAUUUAAAGGAACAUUAUGGUGCUGAACGGCAGCCAAUUUGGGAUAAGAUUAAAGAUAUCGUAAUUAAAUCCAUAUUAAGCGGGGAAGAAUUCAUGCAAGCAGGUACGAAUUCCUAUGUGAAGAACAGACACAGCGUAUUCGAAUUGUUUGGAUACGAUAUCUUCAUUGAUGAUAAUUUGAAGCCAUGGCUUAUGGAAAUAAACGUAUCACCAAAAAUAUCAAACAACACCCUGAAAGAAGUGCGCGGCCCAAUGCUUGCUGACAUAUUAAACAUGGCGGGAGUUCAGAUACCAGACGACGACGGAGACAAGUCUCAGGGGAACAGCGAAGAAACGGUGCCCAAACACCUUGUUACAGACCCAAGACUGUGGACACAACCUCUGACUGAUGAAGAAAAACAAAAACAAGAGAAAUUCACUGCAAUGAAAGAUGAGUCUCAACAGCAAGCUCUUUUAGACGAACUGACGCCGGAUGACGUACGAAUUCUAAUUAACUCCUUUGAUGAAAACAACCGAAAAGGCUUAUUUGAAAGCAUAUAUCCAACACCGGAUACCAAGAAAUAUCACAAAUUCUUCAAGGAACCCAGAUACUACAAUCUUCUACUCUGUCACUGGAUGCAACGAUAUCAUCUCAAGGAAGAGGAAGGAAUCCAAGUUCUAGAGUCUUAUUGUCAGCAGAAGAAACACCUGAAACCCUAAACGCUUAGAAUUCUUAUAAAAUAAAUGUCGAUGACUUCUUGAAUUUCUGUAGUUGUGGCCAGCUGAUUUUUAAGAAGAAUACUACUCAGAUAUUACGUAAAUGGCGGAUUUAAUCCAGUAAACAA